ACACACACACACACACAGUCUCUCCUGUAAACACUGAAUUCAUUUAAACUUUAUUCGUAAAAACAUCAACAUGGACCUGGACCCGAGCGUCAUCUUUCCCGCCAUAGUCUUCACCGUGGUCGCUCUUUAUUUCGCCUCCUCGUUCCUCCGUAAGAAGAACGACUCUUCCUCCUCCUCUCCCGCCGGGGCUAAGAAGACCACGCUCGGCUACGGAGACGAUGUCCCUCCGUCCAGAGCUCUUGGAGAGCCGCUGCGGUCCGAGCCUCCAGCUGCGGCUGUACAUGACGUCGGAGCCGCUGACAAGAUCCUGGUCUCACCGGAUAAGACUGUCCUGGAAACUGUCCCAGAACCAGAACCUGUCCCAGAACCAGAACCUGUCCCAGCAUCAGAACCUGUCCCAGAGCCAGAACCUGCACCAGAACCUGUCCCAGCACCAGCAUCAGAACCUGUCAGAGAACCAGAACCUGUCCCAGCACCAGAACCUUUCCCAGUACCAGCAUCAGAACCUGUACCAGAACCAGAACCUGUCCCAGCACUAGAGCCUGUCCCAGUACCAGCAUCAGAACCUGUACCAGAACCUGUACCAGCAUCAGAACCUGUCCCAGCACCAGAACCAGAACCUUCCCCAGCACCAGCAUCCUUACCAGAACCUUCCCCAGCACCAGAACCUUCCCCAGCAUCAGCAUCAGAGCCUAUCCCAGGACUAAAACCUGCCCCAGAACCUGUCCCAGCACCAGAACCAGCAACAGUCCCAGAACCAGAACCUGUCAUAGAUGCAGCACCAGAACCAAUUCCAGAACCAGCACCAGAACCUAUCCUAAAUCCAGAACCAGCAUCAGAACCUGUGCCAGAAACCUUAGGAGACCCAAAACCUGUUCCAGAACCAGAGCCAGCUCUGAAACCAGUCAAAGAUUCAGAGACAGAACCAGAACCAGUUUCAGCACAUACAAUUACUGUUGUACCAGAACCUGCUGUGGUCCAUGAACUAGCUGCAAUCACAGAACCAGUCCCAGAAUGUGCUUCAGUCCCAGAACCAGUAUCGGUGCCUGAGCCAGUCCCAGAAUGUGCUUCAGUCCCAGAACCAAUAUCGGUGCCUGAGCCAGUCCCAGAAUGUGCUUCAGUCCCAGAACCAGUAUCUGUGUCUGAACCAGUGCCAGAAUCUUCUGCAGUCCCAGAACCAGCUUUGCCUGAGCUGGUAUCUGAAACGGUCCUGCAGCCUGUGGACGAGCAGGUCCCUGAUUCCACUGAAGGAGGUCUGUCCAACCCUGGACCUGGAUCUGGUGAAGAUCUUGGACCGGAGACCAGCGGGGACAACGACGACAAAGUCACCUUCACUGUGGGGAAGAAACAGAGCAAGUUUGAGACGCUGAUGACCAAAGAGGAGAUUGAGGAGGAGCAGAGGGUGCAACAGGAGCAGCUGGCGGCCAUCUUCCUGCUGCUGAGGGAGAACCAGGAGGCGCUGGGGGAGGUGACUGAGGGGGACAUGGAAGAGCAGUUGAAGCUCUACUCGCUCUGAGCAUCACAAGCUGGGCGUGUCCUCGUCUCCAAACUCAAACAUCGCUCUGUCCUUUUGUUUGUCAACGAUAUUCAGUGUUUGUUUAUAAUAAAUGUAAUUAAUUUAAGUGUGUGUGUAUGUGUGAGUGUGUGUGUAUGUGUGUGUUUUCUGUCUUCUAUUUCAAAUCUUAUUCAUGUUGUGUAUUUAAAUGAUUAACAUGUUGAUCGUGAUAUAAUCUCUAAUAAAUGGUUAUUUGACAAAUAAAA